GCAGCCAUGACCAUGGGCAAGAUUAUUUUCUAUGAGGACAGGAACUUCCAAGGACGAUCCUAUGAGACCAGCAGUGACUGUGCUGAUAUGUCCUCUUACCUGAGCAGGUGCCUCUCCUGCCGGGUGGAGAGCGGUUGCUUCAUGGUUUACGACCGUACAAACUACAUGGGCAACCAGUUUUUCGUCAGGAGGGGUGACUACUCCGACUAUCAGCGCAUGGGCAUGAGUGACUGCAUCAGGUCUUGCCGCAUGAUCCCUUUGCAUAGAGGGCAGUUCAGGAUCAGAAUCUUUGAGCGGGAGAACAUGAGCGGCCAGUCCAACGAGCUUCAAGAGGACUGUGAGAACAUCAUAGACCGCCUUCGCAUGAGCGAAUGCAUGUCGUGCAACGUGUUGGACGGCCACUGGCUACUGUUCGAACAGCCGAACUUCAGGGGCAAGAUGAUUUACCUGAGGCCUGGCGAGUACAGAAGCUUCAGGGACAUGGGCAUGAUUAGCACGCGCUUCAUGAGCAUGAAGCGCAUCAUAGAUUCCUGUUCUUAG